CCAUCUGCGGUCCAGAGUCUGGCUGUGCGCGUGCGCACGCUUCCUGUCGCUAGGUAGGCCAAGCGAGGGCGGCGAUUCCCAGUGCGUCCGCGUUGGGCCUUGCGCUGCUCAGCUGAUCCUGACGUCGCCUUUCGGCCGCCAUGGCUGAGAAGCAAGCGGGCUUAGCAGGAGAUCCGGAUCCCGAGGUGUCCUCGCCUGGGACCUCGGAGUCCGGGGACUAUGACAGCAACUGCGUGUUCUGCCGCGUCGCGGCGGGUCAGGAACCCGAAACUGAACUCUUUCACUGUGAGAAUGAAGACCUGGUUUGUUUCAAAGAUAUCAAACCAGCAGCACUUUAUCAUUAUCUCGUGGUGCCAAAGAAGCAUAUUGGAAGUUGCAAGGAUCUAAACAAAGAUCACAUAGAAAUGGUUGAGAGCAUGGUAGCUGCUGGAAAAACCAUGCUUGAGAGGAAUAAUUUCACAGACUUCACAGAUGUGAGAAUGGGUUUCCAUGUUCCUCCGUUCUGUUCCAUCUCUCAUCUACACCUUCAUGUGAUAGCACCAGUCAAAGAGUUUGGCUUCUUAUCAAAGCUGGUUUACAGGCGGGAUUCGUACUGGUUCAUGACAGUUGAUUAUUUGCUUGAAAAGCUAAGAAAAUAAAAAUGUGGAGCAUGGACAAGUUCCUUACCUGACUCAGAAGAGCUCUUGGUUUUCUCUCUGUGAGGCUCAUUGCGGUCUGAAGGUUUGCUGGCUUACACAUAACACUACUGAUGAGUAGACUUAGAGUUUUUCUGAAUAUCUGUUGGACAUAUGUGAGAACUUUCUCACUGACCUCUUUGUUUCUUUCUUUUUUCUUUUUAAAGAUUUGUUUAUUUUAUGUAUGUGAGUACACUGUAGUUGUCUUCAGACAUACCAGAAGAGGGUGUCAGAUCACAUUGCAGAUGGUUGUGAGCUACCAUGUCUUUGCUGGGAACUGAACUCAGGACCUUUGAAAGAGCAGUCAGUGCCUUUAACCACUGAGUCAUCUCACCAGCCCGACUUCUUUGUUUCAGUGCUCAUUUAUGUAAGGUUUUAUGCUUAAUAUACUAUAGCUAAAAGUCCAUUUAAUACAGAUUCUGCUAAUCAAGAUACAUCCUAUAUUUUUUUUAAGUUCAAGUUUCAUUUAUUAAUGGCCUUAAUAAUAAUUUGUGAUGAAUAAACUGGCAUAAAAAUUUUGAACCUUUUACAGUGAAGAAGAAAAAUUAGCCAUUUUAUGAUAGUUUCGUAGUCUUACACAUAAAUUUUCAAAAUAAAGCAUACCAUGC